AUGGAGCUCAUCAACCGUCAUCCGUAUCCGGAAAGAACGCAAGAACGUCAUGCCAAACUCAUCAUAGCAUCAGGCUGGUAUCCGUCUCAUCCAAGGUGUUCUCUGGCAUUAUUUUGCAUGGGUUGUUUUCCAUUACCGGAAAAGACAUAUUCCGCUACCGCUUCAAUCCGUGAAAACCAAGCUGGGUUCCGUCCUGCAAGAGGUUGCAUCGACCAUAUCUUCACCCUCCGACAGAUUCUGGAACAGCGACACUGCUUCCAGCAACCAACAAUGGUCGUUUUUCUUGACCUGAAAGCUGCCUUUGACUCUGUGGACCGCCAAGCACUAUGGCAGUGUCUGUGGAGCAAAGGUGUCCCCCAUAAAUUCUUGAACCUCAUUAAGGCGCUGUACGCCAACUCCCGCGACCGUGUAAAGGUCCAAGAGAAGCUCUCUCCUGAGUUCACCACAUCAAGUGGUCUCGCGCGUGCAAUGCGCAGCUCCCUCCCCCCCCCCCCAAUCAUCGGUGAACGAAACUGUGGCAGCUACAACCAGUGUGCGACCAGUACGCGGUUUUUACAGCUGACAAUGAUGAUGAUGACCGCUUCAAACGUCCCACCUGAACUAUGCUUUCGACCCUAUCGAUUGUCAGACACUUUGAUGUCUGGCAAUCACAGGCGUCCCUUCCAAAUCUACAUCCAUUAUGGGGGAAGUGUGCGAAAUCCUGAGGGUAUGAGUAUAUGGCAAGCUUUUGCUUGA